ACAUUUAAAUUAUUAUGGGCUAUUCUGGAUACUGUCUCUGAAAACCUAUAUUCUGAUUUUCCAAAAUAAUUGUUAAUAUUAUUGUGCUUUUUCACCUACUAUUUUAUCUUUUAGCCAUCUAUCAUUGUUAUAGAAUGAUGGAGGGAAGUUUCAAGCGAAGAAUGAGGAACGCUAUGAAGCGUCUUCAAGAAGAGGAAGAACUAUCAAGACUUUCCAAAGUAACAACUUCAGUGGCAGAAAGGAGACGUAUUGAGCUCUAUACAUCACGCCAUUGCCAGUUUUCCAAGAAUCUGGAAGAUACCCCCACACGUGGGCUUCGUGAGCAAGAGGCAGAUCGUGAUUUACACUUCACCAAACAUUGCCACCAGGAGUAAAGGUUUAAAGGUUUCCCCUGUCCAGUCUCCCGAUUCUCAGCCAAGUUUGCCUUACACAGUCUGAGAGACGCUUCCAUCAUCAUGUGGCCAGCAUGAAAUUAUGGAAUGCAGUAACUUUCCUGCUGAAAUGGAAGAACAUUUCGUAAUACAAAGGCAUUUGGUGGAACAGAAGAGACUGAUUGAGACUCUUCAGACGAAAAUUAAGUGCCAGCAAGAUGAGCUAAAGAAGGCGAAAGACCUGGAUUUUAAGAAAUCAACGAUAAUCUACAGAAAAACAACAACAAUUUCAAAUCUGUUGUUGGACAGAGAAAAGUUCCAGCAUGAGAAAAAGGAGCUUGUACGAAUCAGUCUUCAGUUGAAAGGAGAGAAAGAGCAACUCAGUGAACAAUUUGAGGAAGAACUGAGGAGAAGAACAACGAUAAUUUCAAAUCUCUUGUCGGACAGAGAAAAACUGAACCGUGAGAACAAAGAGCUUUUAGGAAUAUGUGAAGAAAAACAAAGAAUCUGUGAACAUUUCGAAGAAGAACUGAGCAUGCAGAAGAGGAUAAUUUGUGACCUGCUGUCAGACAGAGGUAAGCUCCAAUAUGAGAAUAAGGAGCUUGUAGGAGUCAGUCUCCAACUGCAAGGAGAGAAACAGCAACUUUGCGAAUAUUUUGAUGAAAAAUUAAGCAGAGAGAGAAAACUGAGAAAGGACUGCUCUAGGUCAUUACUAUGCAGAGACCAGUUAAUACCACUUCUGAGUAGAGAGCACAGAAGGUGUUUUGUAAGUAUCUGGCAAACAAGUGGACAGGAUAGAAAGCCAGAAGAUAAAGAAGAUCUGGAAAAGAUGAAAUCUCAACUCUUAGAAAACACACUUAAAGCUUCCAUAGAGAACCUGAAAACCAAAAAGUCCAAAGAAUCCAGGGAAAACGUAUUAGGGUGGCUUGAGGAAUCUCUGAAAAACCUAAAAGAGGUUUCUAAUAAAGCAUCAAGACCCAGCCUGGCAGAAUGGCUUAAAGAAUCUCUGAUAAAUCUUCAGAAGGAAUCUCCUGAAGCAUCCAGGAAAGAUAUAAAUGAUUGGCUGAAUUUGUCCUUAAAUCAACUCCAAGAAGAACGUCCAGAAACAUCCCAUCCGAAUGUGCAGGAAUGGCUUGAGGCCUCUAUUCAAAGCAUUCAAGAUCUCCAAAAGUCUGAGACGGAGUCUCGAAGCAGCCUAAAGAAAGAAUGGCUCGAAAAAUCAAUAGAGAGCCUCAAAAAGCAAUCUUCUGAAGGACCUGUGGACAAUAUAUUGUCGUGGCUUCAAAGAUCUUUAGAAAGACUCUCGUCUUCUACCGAACCUAAGCCAGUUCUAGAAAAAUGGCUUCAAGAUUCCUUGAAAAACCUGGAAGAGGAACGUUCUGAAGUAGACAAUCAAGAUGUCAAAGAAUGGCUCCAAACAACUGUAAACAACCUUGAAGAGGAAGGACCUGAAGCAUCCCAUCUAAGUGCUCAGGAAUGGCUUGAGGCAUCCAUCAAAGGCAUUCAGGACCUACAAAAGUCUGAGGCAGAACUUCGAAGCAGCAGUUCAAGAAAAGGAUGGCUUGAAAAAUCGAAAGAGAGCCUCAAGAAGCUAUCUUCUGAAGGACCUGUGGACAAUAUAUUGUCGUGGCUUCAAAGAUCUUUAGAAAGACUCUUGUCUUCUACCGAACCUAAGCCAGUUCUAGAAAAAUGGCUUCAAGAUUCCUUGAAAAACCUGGAAGAGGAACGUUUUGAAGUAGACAAUCAAGAUGUCAAAGAAUGGCUCCAAACAACUGUAAACAACCUUGAAGAGGAAGGACCUGAAGCAUCCCAUCUUGGUAUUCAGGAAUGGCUGGAAACAUCAAUUAAGGCCAUUCAGGAUUUGAACGAACAAUACUUCAAAAGAAGAAGAAGAGUAAGUGCGGAAGAAAGCAGUGAGAGAGUGAUUCGGGUAGAAUUUCCCUCCUCUGAAAAAAGCUUAAGGAAUGGAUGGCUCCAAGCCUGUUUAGCAAAUUCCAGAGAGCAUGGAUCUACUGCAUCCAGAACAGGAUUGCAAGGAUGGCUACGAGCAUCUCUGGGAAAACUCAGACGAGAAUCCCGAGACAGAUCUAGAAGCAACCUGGAGGAAUGGCUCCAAGAAUCCAUACAAAAUGUUCAGGAAGGAUGUCCAGAGGAAUCCAGGCAACAUGUGAAGGAGUGGCUGGAGAUAUCCCUAAAUCACCUUGAAGAGGGAGGGCCUGAAACAUCUAAGCUGAGUGUGGAGGAAUGGCUGAAAAUAUCUAUCCAAAGUCUACGGGAAGAAAACCUUAAAGAGAUGACAGGAAGCACAGAUCCUGAAAUGCGGAGGAGAAAAGUACCCUUCUCCAAAGGAAUUCCUUCUCAAAGAAAACAGAUUGUAAGGAAGAACCUAGGAAAGCUGAGAUUUUGCUGCAGAAAAAAGACCGUUGGAGCCAUCAUCCUUCUGGCGGUGUUUCUUUUCGCUCUCUACGUAUAUUUUAGGCUGUCCUGCGUGGUAAGUGAGCGGGGCCUCAGACCUUACUAACGUUGCAGGACGAGGAAGAAAAAGCUCUCGUUGUUAUUAGAGCCAUCUCAACGUUGAUGCUACCCGUCAGAUAAUGAAACAUCUGCAAACAGGAACCAGGUUCAGAGGACCCCACGGUUCAAUCCCGAACCACAGAGAUUGUCUUAUAUUUGAUAUUCUCCUGCAAAUAAAAAAAAAAAAUUAAAAAAA